AUGGAGCUGGGGAACGGUCCGGAGCAUCACGAGCGGCUGAGGGAGCUGGGAAGGGGGCUCAACCUGGAGAGAAGGAGACUCAGGAGGGACCUUGUGGCCCUGACAGGAAGGGGCAGGGCCAGAAGAAUGUUUCUGGGAGGAAUAGCAAGUUUGGAAGCCAUCCUGAAAACGCAGACAGUAAGAGUGCCUAAACCCAUCAAGGUUGUGGAACUACCUGCGAGCAAUACUGUGCUGGUGAUGGAACAUUUGAAAAUGAAGAGCUUAAACAGUACUGCUGGAACUCAGCUGGCUGAUCUUCACCUUCAUAACCAGCAACUUAGAGCGAAGAUGAAGAAAGAAGGGAGCAUAGUUGGUGAAGGACAAGGGCAAAUGGAACUCCCAUUCGUGGAUCAGUUUGGCUUUCCUACUGUUACCUGCUGUGGUUAUCUUCCACAGGUGAAUAACUGGCAGAGUGACUGGGUGAGUUUCUUUGCCAGACAAAGGAUCCAGUCCCAGAUGGACCUGAUCAAAAGGAACUCAGGAGACAGGGAAGCAAGGGAACUUUGGACACAGCUUAAGCUGAAGAUACACAGUGUUUUCUGUGGUGUAGAAAUCGUUCCUUCUCUCCUGCAUGGGGAUCUCUGGGGAGGAAAUGUAGCUGAGGAUGAUUCUGGUCCAAUUCUCUUCGAUCCAGCUUCUUUCUAUAGCCAUUCAGAGUAUGAUCUUGCAAUAGCUGGGAUGUUUGGUGGCUUCAGCAGUUCUUUUUAUUAUGCUUAUCACCGUAAAAUCCCCAGAGCUGUAGGGUUUGAGAAAUGCCUGAAGCUUUAUCAGCUUUUCCACUGCAUGAACCACUGGAACCAUUUUGGUUCAGGGUACCAAAACAUCUCUAUAAACAUUAUGAGAAACCUUGUAAAGUAA